AUGAGGAAGGAGACGGACCGGAGUGGAGGGUGGAUUGGCCAAAACUGGCCAAGGAGGCGUGGCCAGAGCUGUCCCCGAGUCCGGGCCGCAGCCGCUGCCCCCACCCGGGCCGCGCUCCCCCUUUCCCGCUCCCUCCCUCCCGGCUCCAACUCCUCCUCCAUGCCUCUGUUCCUCCUGCUCCUACUUUUCCUGCUCCUGCUGCUCGAAGACGCCGGGGCCCAGCAAGGUGAUGGAUGUGGACACACUGUACUAGGUCCUGAAAGCGGAACUUUUGCAUCCAUAAACUACCCACAGACCUGUCCCAACAGUACUGUUUGCAAAUGGGAGAUCCGUGUCAAGAUGGGAGAACGAAUUCGCAUCAAAUUGGGUGACAUUGACAUUCAAGAUACUGAUUCUUGUCACUUUAGUUACUUGAAAAUUUAUAAUGGAAUCGGACUUGGAAUAACAGAAAUAGGUAAAUACUGUGGUCUGGGGUUAAAAGUGAAUCAUUCAAUUGAAUCAAAAAACAAUGAAAUUACAGUGAUGUUCAUGAGUGGAGACCAUAACUCUGGACGAGGAUUUUUCGCUGCAUACUCAGUUAUAAAUAAACAAGAUUUAAUUACUUGUUUGGAUACUGCAUCCAAUUUUUUGGAACCUGAGUUCAGUAAGUACUGCCCACCUGGUUGUCUCCUUCCUUUUGCUGAGAUAUCUGGAACAAUUCCUCAUGGAUAUAGAGAUUCUUCACCAUUAUGCAUGGCUGGUAUACAUGCAGGAGUAGUGUCGGAUAUGUUGGGUGGCCAAAUCAGUGUUGUAAUUAGUAAAGGCAUCCCAUACUAUGAAAGUUCUUUGGCCAACAACGUCACAUCUGUGAUGGGACACUUAUCUACAAGUCUUUUUACAUUUAAGACGAGUGGUUGUUAUGGAACACUGGGCAUGGAAUCUGGUGUGAUUGCUGACUCUCAGAUAACAGCAUCAUCAGUACUGGAGUGGACUGACCAUACAGGGCAGAAGAACAGUUGGAAACCUGAAAAGGCCAGACUGAAAAAACCUGGACCUCCUUGGGCUGCUUUGGCCACUGAUAAAAAUCAGUGGUUACAAAUAGAUCUGAAUAAGGAAAAGAAGAUAACAGGCAUUAUCACCACUGGAUCCACUAUGGUAGAGCACAAUUAUUAUGUAUCUGCCUACAGAAUUCAGUACAGUGAUGAUGGGCGGAAUUGGACUGAGUAUAGUGAGAAGAGGAUGGAGCCGUACAAGAUAUUUCAAGGAAACAAAGAUUAUCACCACGAUGUGCGUAAUAACUUCUUGCCACCAAUUAUUGCGCGUUUUAUUAGAGUGAUCCCUAUGCAAUGGCAGCAGAAAAUUGCCAUGAAAGUUGAGCUGCUCGGAUGUCAGUUUAUUCCUAAAGGUCGUCCUCCAAAACUUACUCAGCCUCCACCUCCUCGGAAGAACAGUGACCUCAAAAAUACCACAGCCCCUCCCAAAGUAACCAAAGGUCGUGCGCCAAAGUUUAUUCAGCCACUACAGCCACGCAGUAGGAAUGAAUUUCCUGUACAGCCAGACCAAACAACUGUCACUCCUGAUAUCAAAAAUACGACCAUAACUCCAAAUGUAACCAAAGAUGUAGCAUUGGCUGCUGUUCUUGUCCCGGUGCUAGUCAUGGUCCUCACUACUAUUAUCCUAAUAUUAGUAUGCGCUUGGCAUUGGAGAAACAGAAAGAAAAAAACUGAAGGCACGUAUGACUUACCUACCUGGGACCGGGCAGGUUGGUGGAAAGGAAUGAAGCAGUUUCUCCCUGCCAAAUCAGUGGAACAUGAGGAGACUCCAGUUCGCUACAGCAGUAGUGAAGUUAAUCACUUGAAUCCGAGAGAAGUCACCGCAAUGCUACAAACUGACUCUGCAGAGUAUGCACAACCACUUGUGGGAGGAAUUGUGGGUACACUUCAUCAGAGAUCUACCUUUAAACCAGAAGAAGGAAAAGAAGCAGGCUAUGCAGACCUGGAUCUUUAUAACUCUUCGGUGCAGGAAGUUUAUCAUGCUUACGCUGAACCGCUCCCAAUCACUGGACCUGAAUAUGCAACCCCAAUUGUCAUGGACAUGUCAGGACACUCCACAGCCUCAGUUAGUCUGCCGUCUACAUCCACUUUCAAAGCUACAGGGAACCAGCCUCCCCCUUUAGUGGGAACUUACAAUACACUUCUUUCCAGGACUGAUAGCUGCUCCUCAGCCCAGGCCCAGUAUGAUACCCCUAAAGGUGGAAAGCCAGGUCCAGCUGCCCCACAAGAAAUGGUGUACCAGGUGCCACAGAGCACACAGGAAGUAGCAGGAACAAGAGAGGAUGGGGAGUAUGAUGUUUUUAAAGAAAUCCUUUGAAGACAAUGCUGCUUUUUACCAAGCAUCCAUUUAAAGCACAUGGCCUUUAAAAAUAAUUAUUAGUGGUAGUAAUAUAUAGAAUGUAUUACAUAUCUAUCACUGAAGUGGUUGAGAAAAUGUGGUGGCCAAAGUACAGGAAACUACUUAACUUGCUAUCUUGCUUUAAAGGUGUUACUGUUGCGCAGUUAUUGCUUGCCUGUUCAGUUUUCAACAACUUGUUUAUUACUACUGUAAAACAAUAUUUUUAAUACAGCAAAAGAUCCCUAUAAUGCACUUCAAAGAAACUGAAAAUCACUGAGUAUUUAUUACCAAUGCUGCAGGUACAUUAAUGAACUCGUGUUGGUUCUAUAAGCCCUGAUGGGCAAUAAUGCAUGGUACUGUUCUUGAAAUAUCUAAUGGCUUGAAAUUUUCCUUUUGUGAAAGGUGGGUACUAUUCUGUUUUCCCCCUUUUCUACUCCUGUAUUGCAUCCUGGGUCUUAAAAAAUAGUGAUAUAGCAUUGUUUUGAUUGUAGCCAUAUACACUUCUCUAUCUUGGGAAGAUUGGUGGCUAGAAAACUGACUUCUAAUGAGCUGGGUGACCAACUUGUCACUUGCUGACACUCUUAAAGAGCUUUAACACUUCAUGGUACAGGACCUGGCCUCAUCCGUGCUUAUUCUACUUGGGGCCUUUUGUGGCUGGCCUCAUUCUUGUUUAUAAAAUAGUGGUUUUUUUGUAGGUAAUACUUUUUUUAAUCAGUCUCAUAAAAUCAGAUCCUCUGAUGUCUUUAAGUAUACUUCUUUAUGUGGAAAAAUAAGAGAAGCAAUUUAAAAUUUAGAAAAGUCGUAAAGAAGAUUCUAUACUCAGAAGUAAUAUAAAUUACCUUGAAAACCAAAAAAAAAGUGAUGAGUUGUCCUCUUUGGUUUUUUUUUUUUUUUUAAACAAACACACACAUUCUCAAGUCUCAAGGUGUGCUCUAAUUUUAGUGAAAUAAUUUUAAUUUGUUUUUCUCAGUAAAACUGUUAUAAGAACUAGAAAUCCAGUGUAUAUCCUUCAGUACUAUGUGCUUGUGCCUUUUGUGCAUAGUAAGAGUUGUGAGUAGUCCUUUGUGUCAUACCUGGGGAAUAGAUGUGAUAGCAUCCUAGCAAAUGAAAUUUAUAACCCCCAACAACUCUUAGUCACCAUUUGUUCAUGACCUUCCCAGAAAUGGUUUUAGAUGGGGUGAAUGAGAAGUCAUAUGUAAUGUAUUUAUUAGCCUAUCAUACAAAAACCACAUCUGAACAUCUAUCUUUAGACUGGCAAGACAACACAAGUUCACUGUAUGAUAAAAAUAUAUAAAUUUGACAUCCCUUCUUCCAUGAAUCUUAGUUGGUAGACUUGAUGUAAAAAAUGUACUUAAAAUUUUUUUUUCGUUAGUACAUGUUUGCAGUAGAUAAUGUUUACAUUCCUUGU